UUUUUUUGUUGAACGUUGAACGUUAGAGCUGUCAAUCUCAUGCAAACAUUUGUUAUUGUUUAGAGGGUAAUCACAGUGCAUAAACUUUGGAAAUAUUGGUAAACUUAACCUCUCCGAAUGACGAAAAUCAGCUCCGAAAUGAGUGACGAAACAGUUGGAACUCUAGAAGAAGAGGCGUUGAAAAGGAAGGAGAGGCUUGCGGAGUUGAAGAGGAAGAAGGAUAACUGCGAGCAAAAAAAAAGUGAAGAAGCGAGCAAUUUACCAAAACCAAGAUUCAGGAGUUACAAACCUCAGGAUGAGAACCUGAAGGAACAUAUCGUCGAGACACCUAUCUCAGUUGAGUUGGAGAAGGAGAAUCCUGAAGAGAUUACGACAUCUAAAGCUGUCAUUGAAGAGCUCGACAUUGGGAGUUUAGCACCAAGAAAACCUGACUGGGAUUUGAAACGUGAUGUAUCAAAGAAACUAGACAAAUUGGAAAGGCGAACACAAAAAGCCAUUGCAGAACUAAUAAUCGAGAGGAUAAAAAAGGACAAGGACGAUAUGGCAGGCAUAGUCACCCUGACUGGGAAUUCAAGUAUUCAGGAUAAAUAGAAACAACUUGUAAAUUUUAAUUAUAAUCCUUAAAAUUCUAUUGCUUCUUUCAAUGAAUGAGUCAGUUUUCCUUAAUAAAUUCUAUUGGUUUUUUAUACAGUA